AUGCCUCCACCACACGGAACUCCAAAUCCUCUUGAAGGGCCUGGAGAUUACGACGUAACAGCAACAAUCCACAACGACACCUACCCAAACAUUUCCCCACUCUCCAAACCAGCCAUUAAAAAAUCCGUGUUCAUCGCCGGUGCAUCCCGUGGAAUCGGUCUUGCAAUAGCCAAAUCCUACGCCCAAGCCGGCGCUUCCAAGAUUACCAUCGGCGCCCGUUCUCCUCUCGACUCCGCCAAAAAUGACAUUCUCGCCGUCGCCGAAAAAGCUGGCCGCUCGCCUCCUCAAGUCCUUUGCGUUAAAUUCGACAUCACUUCAGUAGCUAGCGUCUCAGACGCAACCAAAACCGUCGAAAAUGAAUUCAAAAAUCUCGAUAUCCUAGUGAUAAACGCUGGAAUCCUCGGUAAACCCGCGUUAAUAGCUGACAGUGAUCCCGACGAAUGGUGGGAAGUGUGGAACGUGAAUCUACGCGGACCCUUUCUCGUCACGAGGGCUUUUCUUCCGCUUUUGCUCAAGGGAGGCGAUAAAACCAUUGUUGCUACGUCGAGUGUUGGUGCGCAUCUUACGGGGCCGGCGUUGAGUGCUUACCAGCCUAGUAAACUGGCUGUGCUGAGGUUGAUGGAAUUCGUGCAGGUUGAGUAUGCUCAACAGGGGGUUAUUGCGUUUGCUAUUCAUCCGGGGAAUGUGGUAACUGAUGUUGUGGGUGGAGCUGAGGGAGUUGAGAGUUUGGGUCUCGCUAAGGUUUUUGUUGAAACGCCCGAGUUAAGUGCUGAUACCAUAGUAUUUUUGACAAGAGAGAAGAAGGAGUGGCUUGGUGGGAGAUAUAUAAAUGUGACUUGGGAUAUGCCACAGUUGAUGGAGAAGAGGGAUGCAAUUGUUAAAGGAGACAAGCUGAAGGUCAAACUUGACGUUUCAUUUUAG